CAGAUGUACCUACAUAGCUGGCAAGGUGCAUGAUCACUUGUAUUCAGGAUGAAUCACUGGUUGAAAUUAGCCUUUGCUAUUGGAAUUGCAUUUUGUUUUGCAAAUGUUAACACAAUCAAAAUAUUAAAAGGAAACAAUCCCGGAUUAUGCUCCAAGAAAAACAAAGGGGAGACAUUUCUGGUUCGUGAUCGAGAAAACAAGUAUAAACUGUUAAUUUGUACAAACGACAAUGGUGUAUUUGCAUGGAGAACACUUAAUGGUAAAAGCCCACCUGGUGAAUUUUUCAACCCAGCAUAUGAUUGCACAGAUAUUUUAAACCGUGAUCCAAAGGCAAAAGAUGGACCAUACUGGAUAAAUCUCGGCAAGAAAUCGUCACCAAGAAAGGUGUGGUGCGAUAUGAUAACGGAUGGUGGGGGAUUCAUACUUAUUGGUCGUAAAAAUACAUCAGAGACAUGGUCAGUUCCCUCCAAUAACAAACCAGUGACACCAUUUGGUGAACCUCAUUGGUCAAGUGAUCUGGGGGAGAUGCCAAUAGUUGACUUUAGAGUGCAAGUAGCAACCGCUGAAGAUUUCAAGACCACUAAAGCACAUUGGUUUUACAGACUGAGAAAGUCUCGUAAGUUGAAAGACUUGAUGAUUAUCAACAAAGGUGGAUGCGACAAACAUUCUCCUGGUAUAGGAGACGUUGAAUUUGUGAAGAAUUUGAUAUCUGACACAAUAGUGACAAGGAAGUUCAGGUGUUCAAAGUUUGGCUUGGCCCACCACCCUCGCACAAAAUUUGGUUGGCAUAUGAUGAAUUCAUGCUUGCAAAAACCGUGCGGAUAUGGAUUUGCGUAUCAUCCUUUGAUCAAGCAAUUUAAAUAUCAGACGGACUUUUCUGGUGCAUUCAGCUAUAGUGUGUCAAGCAGAAUUUCCGGGAUCAGUUAUGCUGCAACUGCAUUUGUUGGCUGCGACAACGGAAAGUGUUGCAGUUGUUAUGGUCCAAAGAACGGCAAGAAGGAAUAUUGCUUAAAAGAAUGUAAAGCACAGAAUAAUGGCACUGUUCACAAAAACAACGUAUUUACAUGGUUUUGGGUACGAUCCUCACUACCGAAACGUUCCUGGAACAAAUGCAUGGAAUACAAGACAAGAGAAGGCGGCAAAACAGUGUGGUACAAGUUUGUUGACGGCAGUGAAAUACCCAUUUUAGGGCGUUGUGCAAAGGGUAAAGUUCGUUUUUACGAGGGGAUGCUAGUCGUUCCAAAUAACAAAACUGCUGCCAAAGUUCCGUCUGUCACAGGAAUGAUGGUAUAUCGAACAGAUAAUCAAAAGCUUUAUGUUCAGGGGGGUGAGAAACUGGAGCUUAUAGCGAAACAGAAAGAGAUAAUCAAAAUCUUAAAUAAAGACAUUGCGGAACUGAAGACCAAAGUUGAAAAUAUUAACCAAAGUAUCACCAACCGGAUGAGAUCGUUUAAUUACCAAGAUAUUCCAAGUAAUAUUUUGUUCGGAAUGCCAAGCUUUAUUGAUCAACUCAAGCAAUGGUUGCCUCCGCAUAGAAGUUUGACAUUAUGUUACCGAGCGUCCGAGGACAGUUGGGCAAGCAAAAGGUUCCACGGCGCUUGUGAUGGUAAAGGAGCAACCGUUACCAUCAUCAGAGUUUAUUCCUACAUAUUCGGAGGCUACACGGACAUCUCCUGGGGUGGCCCUGGUUAUGGUCCAAUCUUUGGAGGUGGUCACGACAUCCUGAUUGCAAACAAUGCUGGUCAGUCAACAUCCUCGCACACAAAUUUCGGCAACACGUACCGUCCUCCCUCUGGUUACAAUUAUCAAGCCAGCAAUACCAGAGCAUUAUUAGCUGGUAGUUACAGCUUCACCCCAUCUGAGAUUGAAGUUUUCUAUUUUAUGUAA